CAAGCACGUCGCCACACGAGGAAACCCGCGCCAUUUUCCUGUGUUGUUUUCUUUUUGUUCAAGCCUUUUUUGGACUAUUUUGACAAGUAUUGAAGCACAAGGCUAUGGCAGAAGGCCGUGGGAAGAUUUGGAGCGAUGAGGAGACGCGCUGUUUGCUGGGUUUGUGGGGAGAUCAGCGCGUUCUCUCCCAACUCGAGACGGCGAGGAACAAGGAAGCGGUGAAGAAGUUGGUGGAUGGUAUGCGCCAUGAGGGUUUUGACCGCACUGCACAACAGAUUAGAACAAAAAUGAGAGACCUGAAGUAUCGCUACCGAAAGGCCAAAAAACAAAACGAGCGCAGUGGGAGUGGGAGGAUUACCUGCCCAUACUACGAUGAACUGGACCGUCUUCUCGGUGGUAGACCAGCCACACGGCCACACAACACAGUGGAGGCCAAUUUCUCAGGCUCAGAGUCAUCAGAAGAUGAAGAUGACGAUGACACAGCGUCAACGAGGUCCAUCACACCACCGCCUGACAGUUCUGCAGAAAGCACUGGUGGUGAUACAAGUGUGCUCUCUAUAGUCAGCAGUGGGGAUGGGGAUGGGGAUGUGGAGGACAUGCCCACUGACCCAAAAGACAAGGACCAGACUGGGAAUGAGGCGGAGAAAGGGCAGACUGGGAAUGAGGCAGAGAAGGGGCAGACUGGGAAGGAGCCGGAGAAAGGGCAGACUGGGAAGGAGCCGGAGAAAGGGCAGACUGGGAAGAAGACACGGAAGCCUUCGGCUGAAGACAGGAAACGAAAGGGGCCAGUGUUCAAGAAGGUUGAUGUGAACAAGAAGAAGAGCAGGGUGGAAUCUACAAUGGAAGGCCUUCAGCAGUCCAUGUCCAAAGUACAAGAAGAAGGACUGAAAAAACAGGUGGAGAUAAAUAAAGAAAGGGAUGAAAGCUGGAGGGAGCACGAGCUCCGAAUUAGUAAACUACAACAGGAGGCGGAUAGGGACAUGAUGUCCAACAUGAUGGGACAAUUCAUGGGGAUGAUGGGCCAAUUCAUGACCAUGUUUGGCCCUGGAGGCAUGCCCCAGCACCGCCCCAUGUAUCAGUAUGGUGCCCAUCCGAACAACCCUCCCUUCCAGAACCGCGGCCCCAUGCCAAAUCGCCCCCCCUUUCAGGACCCUGCUGUAGGUGCCGGCUACAUGCAAAAUCGCCCCCCCUUUCAGGACCCUGCUGUAGGUGCCGGCUACAUGCCAAAUCGCCCCCCCUUUCAGGACCCUGCUGUAGGUGCCGGCCGCAUGCCAAAUCGCCCCCCCUUUCAGGACCCUCAACCCUCUCAGGGAAACAGUGCUGCUGAUGUUGACACCAGUGCUGCUGAACCAACAUAUUUAAACCUGUAGGUAUACUGUUUCAGUUUCCCAGCUAAACCACCCCCCACCCUCUGCUAAACUGGUGCAGGUGCCGGCCCCAUGUCAACCCCCCCACCACCCCUUUAGGGGACCCUCAACCCUCUCAGGGAAAAGAAGUGCUGCUGAUGUUGACAAUCCACCUGUAGGUACACUUAAGACCUGUUUCAGCCUGAGGUCACUCUCAGAUAUCAAACUUUAUUAUAAACAUGAACAAGUGUGACAGGGACUUUUGCAAAUGUAUACAGCACAGGUUUUUUUAUGCCAUACAGAUGACUUGUUCCCCGUUGGGAUGUUAACCUUGUUGCUUAGAGUAUUACUAAAAGAAACUGUUUAUUGCUAUAAUAUUAGUAUAUAUAUAUAUAUCUAUUUUUGCAAAACAUAUGAAAACAAGUGCGACCUGAUACUACAGUGCAAUUCCUAUGUAUCUCACUCUCAGGUAUCAAACUUAAACAUGAACAAGUGUGACAGGGACUUUUGCAAAUGUAUACAGCACAGGUUUUUUUAUGCCAUACAGAUGACUUGUUCCCCGUUGGGAUGUUAACCUUGUUGCUUAGAGUAUUACUAAAAGAAACUGUUUAUUAGUAUAUAUAUAUAUCUAUUUUUGCAAAACAUAUGAAAACAAGUGUGGCUUCAUACUACAAUGCAAUUCCUAUGUAUCUCACUCUCAGGUAUCAAACUUUAUUAUAAACAUGAAGCAAGUGUGACAGGGAAGUUUUGCAAAUGUAUACAACACAGGUUUUUUAAUGUCAUAUGCAUAACUGGUAUUUUGAGAUAAUGUGUUGUCUCAUAGCCAUUGUACAUCAUGAACAUAUUAACUGAGGCGAACCAUUAAACACACCUGAGCCCAAAGGAGGAAACGCAUAUGUUCCGUACAGAAAAAUGGAAAUGCAAAUGACUUAUAAAGGAGCGUUGCCCAGGGGGAA